AUGGGCUCUGGAACGUCUCCCCCUCCUCCUGGCCCGAAGCCUAGGUCUGCCAUACCCUCUCAUAUGCUGAAUGGCGGCUCUCCUCUCCACGUCUCUACCAGCCCCUCUACCAGCUCGCGCGACGCUCGGGAGAGGGAAAGUCUCAACUCCUCCAUCCUUUCGUCGUUCACUCCCCGCAUCCCGGUGGAGUUCAACCUGCCUGCCUCUGCCUCUCACCCUUCCGGGGAGUCCCUGGUAGAUGAUACCCCCCGGGGGUCUACCUCUGCUAAGCCGACAUUGAACGAUCCUCCCCGCGAUCCGAGAGAUGAGGCCGGUGCAUUGACCCCGCCUGCGACUGUCAGCAGACCAGCAAGCCCUUACACCCUCUUCCCUCCAAUUGACUUCGAUGGACUGAGUUGGCCUUGCCCCGGUACCAGGGAGCGACUGGAGUCGUCGCCCGAAGAGACAGAGGAGCGCAUUAAGAAGCUCGCAGGAGCUGUUCGGACGAUUUUGGAGUGUGUCGGAGAGGACCCGGAAAGAGAGGGCCUGCGCGAGACCCCAGAGAGAUAUGCCAAGGCCAUGCUCUACUUUACCAAGGGCUAUGAGGAGAAUGUACGGGAUCUUGUCAAUGGUGCGGUCUUCCAUGAGGAUCAUGACGAGCUGGUGAUUGUCAAGGAUAUUGAGGUGUUCUCGCUGUGCGAGCACCACAUGGUUCCCUUCACUGGAAAGAUGCACAUUGGCUACAUCCCUGAUCGCCGUGUGCUUGGCCUCUCCAAGUUGGCUCGUCUAGCGGAAAUGUUCUCUCGUCGUCUCCAGGUGCAAGAGCGCUUGACCAAGCAAGUCGCUCUGGCUAUUUCUGAGGUUUUGAAACCCCGUGGUGUUGGUGUUGUCAUGGAGUCGUCCCAUCUUUGCAUGGUGAUGCGUGGUGUGCAAAAAACUAGCAGCACCACCACGACCAGCUGCAUGCUUGGCUGCAUGCGGUCGAGCGCGAAGACCCGGGAGGAGUUCCUGACUCUGCUGCACCGCCGAUAA